AUGCGGCACAAUCGAGGCGGUGCCUGUAUGAGCAGCAGCGUCCACGUGUGGCCGCCCCGAAAAAGGGACCGUUGCCCUUCCCCCAUCCUGUGCAACACGUAUUUUUGUCGCCGAGCAAAAGCGCAAGCCUUUGCGCCUGGAACUUCCACUUCCACUGGAAGGGCGUGCUUGCUCGCCACCAGGCAAUUUGCUCGCUUGCUCGCAAGGGCAACAGAGCACUGCGUCGCGGUGAGCCCACAUCGCAAAACGCCGGGCAUUUUCGGUCCACCGUCUCACAAGCAGGGAUCGGUUAUCAUGGCUACAUCCGAACGAGACACCCAGGUGUCCCACAACAUCACCGAGCGUCGCACUGCGUCAACUCAAGUUGAAGCCCCGCUUGGCUGCAACAUGCAGGGGCAGCACGAGCCAAUGGGUGAGUUCAUGGCACUGCACGCCGAAGCCAAUGGUAUCAUCCGUCAGAUGUCCAUUGCGGCGACAACUUCGACGAAGGAGGCUGAGCUGGAGGAGGAGUCCAAGACCGAGGAGAACGAGGACAACAACGCGCCGCACAACAAGCCCAAUAAGCGCACGCAGGAGAUCGACCGCGCCGAGAACUUCUCUGGUCCGCCAGGUGAACAAUUGAUGGUGCGAGAGAUCCGCUCCAGCCCCGCGCUGCUGCUCAUGACGACGUUGCGCGACAGAAGAACGAGUCCAGCGGACUUCCGUCGCGCUGCUGGCAGGCUGAUCAUGCUGCUGCUAGAGGAGGCGCUCUCCACCAUCAGCGCGCGCUCGAUUGAAAUGACCACCUCGACGGGGCACCAGACGUACGGAUUGCAGCGCACCGACGAGUUCUGCGGCGUGGCCGUCGGCGCGGAAGGGUUCCCGUUCCUGGUACUAUUCCAUCAGAUGGAGCCAGACGCACCGCAAGGCUCUAUCCACAUUGGUCUGGAAACGCGUCAGCAGGGGCAGAGCGACUGGCGUUUGGAGCACGUGGACUUGCCGAGCGACAUCACGCGGUACAGGAUACUGCUCUUCAGUUCGACGGUGAACACGGGUGGCGGCGAGUGCAAGGCCAUUGAGGCGCUGUGCAGUUUGGGCGUGGAGGAGAGCCGCAUCACUCUCGUGAUUAUCCUGUGCUCCACGGACAGCCUCGUGACUAUCUGCGGCCGCUUCCCAGGUGUGCAGAUUAUCACGAGUGCUAUCGACAGCAAGGUCGAUUCAGCGACACAGGUGAUUAUCCCAGGCAUGGGUGACUUCAUGGCGAGGUAUAACGGAGACUAA